AUGAACCUUCCUCCUGACAAGGUGAAGAUCCUGGGCCAGUAUGACAACGAGAAGAAGUGGGACCUGAUCUGUGACCAGGAGAGGUUCCAAGUGAAGAAUCCUCCAUCUGCUUAUUUGGAGAAACUGAAAAGUCACCUGGAUCACGGAGGGGUCAGUCGAAAGUUUAAGAGGCGUGUCCAGGAAUCCACGCAGGUCCUCAGAGAGCUGGAGAUCUCCCUGAGGACCAAUCAUAUCGGCUGGGCUCAGGAGUUCCUAAACGAGGAGAAUCAAGGCUUAGACGUUCUUGUGGAUUAUCUGUCCUUUGCCCACAGUGCCGUCAUGUCUGAUACUGACAGUCUGGAUAACGGCACACUGCUCUCAGACAAAAGCAGAACUUUGGAGUUGUCGGUGGAAGAUCUGAGCAAAAGUGCCAGCAACUCACCUACUCACGGUAGCUCGAAGGCCAGCAAGGCCUUCACAGUCAGGAGAGCACUGAGACACUCUCGUGCUGUAAGCCAGAAAGACGACGUUCAUCUCUGCAUCAUGUGUUUACGUGCCAUCAUGAACUAUCAGUCCGGGUUCAACCUGGUGAUGAAGCAUCCCUGCUGUGUCAACGAGAUCACGCUCAGCCUCAACAACAGAAACCCAAGGACUAAAGCUCUGGUGCUGGAGCUUCUGGCGGCUGUAUGUUUGGUGAGAGGAGGCCAUGACAUCAUCCUCUCUGCAUUUGACAACUUCAAAGAGGUUUGUGGAGAGAAAAGUCGAUUUGAGAAGCUCAUGGAGUAUUUCCGCAAUGAAGACAGCAGCAUCGACUAUAUGGUGGCCUGUAUGCAGUUCAUCAACAUCGUGGUCCACUCGGUAGAAAACAUGAACUUCAGAGUCCACCUGCAGUAUGAGUUCACUCGUCACGGGCUGGACGACUACCUGGAGCAGCUGAAGUUCACAGAGAGCGACAGGCUGCUGGUGCAGAUUCAGGCGUAUCUGGACAAUGUGUUUGAUGUUGGAGCUCUGCUGGAGGACGCAGAGACCAAGAACGCUCUGCUGGAGCACAUGGAGGAGCUGCAGGAGCACAACACACAGCUGAGCAACAGGCUGCAGGAGAAUGAGAAGGAAACGAUAGAGAAAGUCUCAGGGCUGGAAACGAAGCUGAUUCAGACCACCAAAGAAGUGGAGCUGCUAAAGGAGAGUCUACGUGAAUCCUGCUCCCAGGUGGCUCUGCUGCAACAGCGAGAACGAGAGAACGAGCUAGAACGAGAGAGGGAGAGAGAAAGAGAGAGAGACAGAGAGAAAUCCACUCAAGCCCUGAAGGAGCUCGAGGUCAAAGUUCAGGCUCUGGUGGAGCAGGGUCUAGUCCGAAUGGAGCGCUCCUCCUCUGGACAACUGGACGUUCAGGUGGUCCCCGUCAUCCAGCAGGGAAUACAGGAAGUUAAAGAUGAAGUAGACACCAGUGGAGACAAUGAGGCCUCAAAGUCCCUCUCUAAACCUUCUGAGGCUCCUGUGCAGCUGGUACAAGCACCUCCUCCUCCACCUCCUCCUCCUCCUCCACCUCCACCUCCACCUCUACCUCCAGGCACAACUGGAGCACCUCCUCCUCCUCCUCCUCCACCUCCAGCAGCUCCACCGCUCCUGCUGCCUCCUGGAGGUGGAACAUCAAUGCCUUUGGGGAAUGUGUCUGAUGGGAGCUCAGGUUUUAAAAAAAAGAAGCCCAUUCAGACAAAGUACCGUAUGCCUCUGCUCAACUGGCAGGCUCUAAAAUCCAACCAGGUGACAGGAACCAUCUUCAACGAGCUGGACGACGAACACGUGUUGGAGGAACUAAACAUGGCUGCGUUUGAGGAAAGGUUCAAGACGAAGGCCCAAUCUGCCCCUCUAGAACUGGGUACCCUCAAAAUGAAACUGGCCCACAAGACCCCCAGUAAAGUGUUCCUAAUGGAGCCCAACAGGGCCAAAAACCUGGCUAUCACCCUGCGCAAAGAAGGAAUGGCUGCAUUUGAGAUUUGCUGCACCAUUGAGACGUAUGACCGGAAAGCGCUGAGCCUGGACUUCCUCGAGCUCCUGGAGCGUUUCAUCCCCACAGAGUAUGAAAUGAAGCUCAUCCACAACUAUGAAUGUGAGGGCAGGCCCCUGGACGAGCUCAGCGAGGAGGACCGCUUCAUGGUGCGCUUCAGCAAGAUCCCGCGGCUUUCCCAGCGUAUCAGCACUCUCACCUUCAUGGGCAAUUUCCCCGAGAGUGUCCAGCUAAUACAGCCUCAACUCAAUGCCAUCAUCGCUGCCUCCAUGUCAAUCAAAUCCUCCAGCAAGCUGAAGAAAAUCCUUGAGAUCAUCUUAGCGUUUGGAAACUACAUGAACAGCGGCAAGCGAGGGGCAGCGUACGGCUUCCGCCUGCAGAGUUUAGAUUUGCUCUUGGACACUAAAUCUACAGACCGCAAGCAGACGUUGCUCCACUUCAUCGUCAACAUCAUCCAGGAGAAAUAUCCAGAGAUCCAGACUUUCUACACAGAGCUUCACUUCCUGGAUAAAGCAGCACUCGUUUCUCUUGACAGCAUCCUGCAGGAUGUGCGAGCUCUGGAGCGAGGCAUGGAGCUGACCAGGAGGGAGUUCUCUGUGGAAAAAGAUAAUCCCGUUCUGCAGACGUUCCUCACCAACAACGCCGAGCUGCUCAACUCUGUUAUAGCUGACGGAAAAACUGCACAGGAUGUGUAUGACUCAGCUGUGGAGUACUUUGGAGAGAACCCUAAAAUCACUCCACCCUCCAUGUUCUUCCCUGUUUUUGUCAGAUUCAUCAAAGCAUACAAGCAAGCUGAGCAGGAGAAUGAGCAGAGGAGGACACAGCUGCUGAACUGUGAAGCUCCAUCAACUCCGCCCAAGUCUGAACUCACAGGGAACAAGGUUCCCAUGACACCCAAAAUGCAACAGGUGGACCUGAUAGCGGAGCUGAAGAAGAGGCAGGUGUCUCCUCUGGUGAGGGAGGGGAAGGACGGAGCCAUUGAAGACAUCAUCACAGCUCUAAAGUCCGUGCCCUUCACGGCUCGCUCUGGCAAGCGCUCCUCUCGUCUCCUCUGCGACUCCGUCUUCAGUGACGACAGUCCCUACUUGAGGAAUCAGCCUUACAGACGGGCGGAGAGCGGCCGGCGGAGCGCCAAGUGGAAACCAGGACAACAGCUCCACGUAUCCUCAGACAUCUCCCUCUGA